AUGAAUAACAGGUAUUUUGACGCGAACACACCGAAGGUAGCGGCGGUCGUGGGGUUUUACAUGUCCGCCGCACUGGUGAUGGUUUUUGUGAACAAAGCUGUUCUUAAUGGUUCACCGGAUUUACCGCUGCUAUUCCUCCUCCUGCAACUACUCAUCGCAGUCAUACUUCUCCACGUGGCGGCUAUGUUCAUUACACGUGUCGAGAUACCCAAGCUCGAGCUUGGAACCGCGAAGAAGCUCACACCUGUGGUCCUUGUCAACAUUAUUGGACUCAUUUUUAAUACUCUUUGCCUUCGUGAUGUCGAGGCUUCUUUCUUCCAAAUUGCGCGUGGCCUUGUCCUACCUCUGACCAUCGUUGUAUUCUCUGCACACACUCGCACUGUGCCUUCUAUUCGAGUUGGAAUUGCUGCUGGGUCAGUUACCAUAGGUUUCUUGCUCGGCGUGGCACCGUCUGCAGCAGUUCCCUCCCAUGUUGCACCUUCAAGUCUUUCCCUGUUAUAUGGUCUCCUCUCGUCGCUUUUUAUCGCUUUCCAUGCUGUUCUUAUCAAGUCCUCCCUCCCUUAUUGCAACAACUCAACCAUUCAACUUGCAUACUGGACCAACUUGGGCUCUGCAAUUUUCCUUCUCCCUUUCGUCUUGCUUCACAAAGAAAUUUUUAUCCUUGAGGACCUUAUUCACGAUUCGAAUUGGGACGGACAAGUAUUCCUAUGGGGGAGUGUCGUGACUGGCAUUUUCGGGUUCUUACUUUGUAUCGCCGGCCUGCUCAGCAUCAAGGUUACAAGUCCUAUCACACAUAUGUUCUCUAGCGCCUUAAGAUCUGUUAUUCAAACCCUGCUGGGUGUCUGGAUAUUCAAGGACAUCAUGACGGUCAAUCGCGCAAGUUCUAUUCUGGUUAUCAUGAUAGGCACCAUUUAUUACACCUGGAUCAAAUCGUUGGAAACCGCACCUCCGCCGCGCAAGGAUGUUGACCUCGAGGCUAUAGGAAAUAGGAAACGCGAAGAAGAUUCUGAUGAUGGCGAAGCUACGGUAGUUUUCGGAGUAUCGGAAGAGGAUGAGAAGGCGUAA